UUAAAUUUCAGGUGGGUGAGUUUCGAAGUUGGAACUAGAACAGAGUGCCAUUUUGGAAUGCGUCAGAGAGCGAAGAAGAAAAUGCUGAGCUCCCUAUGAACCAUACUUAUAUAUAUCUAUAGGUUAUAUUCUUAGCUCAAUCUUUUUAGUUAUUCAAUAAGUUUCCAGAUCUCUCAAAGAAGUUUUGCGUUUGGAACUUUGGUGUAAUCUGUUGAGAAGUUUGUAGAUUGUGAGCAUAAACAACAUUUAAUGGGAAAAUCUCCAGGGAAAUGGAUCAAAUCUAUUAUUUUUGGGAAGAAGACUUCCAAAUCUGGCACAUCAAAGGACAAACCAUUUUCAAUUUCUGCAAAGGAGCCAGCAUCCAACUUGUCAACAGGCUUGCUUUCAAUUUCAGAGCCACUUCCUGUUAGUGUUGAUGAAGUAAAAGAAUCAUCAAACUUUGGAAAAGAAGAAGCUGCUUUUGAUUGUGGUGAUGAAGUGGCUAUCUCUUCUAUGAAGCAAGAUGAAGUUGCCCCAACUGCUUCUGCACCCAAUCUAACCUUACCUGAGGAUACUUGGAAACUCGAGCAAGCUGCUACAAAAGCUCAAGCUGCUUUUAGGGGUUAUCUGGCUCGUCGAGCAUUUCAGACUCUCAAGGGCAUCAUAAGGCUUCAAUCAGUCAUUCGUGGACAUUUGGUCAAAAGGCAAGCUGUUGCUACCUUAUAUUGUCUACAGGGCAUUGUUAAGCUUCAAGCACUUGUACGUGGUCAAAUUGUUAGGCGGUCAACUAUUGGCAGUGAAAUAUUCUCAAAGAAGAUAUUGGGAAAUGAGGAAUUAGGUUAUUUUAAAAGUGACACAUCUAGUCCAGUGAAGGAGAUCGUGAAGAAUGCUUUUACUGAAAAGUUGCUCUCUUCUUUGCCUACUGCAAUGCCUCUGCAAAUUCAAUAUGGUCCAGGUGAGCCAAAUUCUGUGCAGGAAUGGCUAAUGCGGUGGACUAUAUCUCAAGCUUUGGGACCAGAUUCAAAGCUUGAAAUAGUUAAGACAGACCAAGCUAUGCCUAAGCAAAGUGGGCGGAGAAUGCAUUCUGGAAAGAUUGAGAAUGGCACAAAUCAUUCCAAUAUGGAGUCAGAUAAGUUUAAACAUAACCAAAAGAAAAUGUCAAAUCAUUCACUAAAAUCUGUCUCUGAGCACCAAGGAAAUGAGAUUGAGAAAGUAAGGAAAAGUCUAAAGAAGACCUCCAAAUCCAUAUUGGAAAAUUCUGGACAGUCAGAGGCUGUUACUGACCUAUCAAGGCAAAACCUUAGGAAGCCAUCAAGCACUCUGGUCCCUGAACUUUCAGGAAGAGAUGGCAAAACUCCAUUGAAAGAAACCACCAAACUUGCUGAUGCAGAAAUUCUUCCAGAAAGGCCAUCAAUGGAGGCAAUAAUUAAUGAGCCUUGUGGUGUUACUGUAUCUGAAACUAAACCCGAACCCGUUGCUGACAAGGAGGAGAAUAUUGCAGUUUCAGAGAAAGACCUAGACACUAACCUUGACCAGAAUGAAAAUGGGAAUAUCAAUGGCCAUAGAAGAGCUUCUUUACCUGCACAGCAUGAUAUAGAUACCAGUAUGCAUAUUGCAAGGAAGGUGCCCAGCUACAUGGCCCCAACGAAGUCUGCUAGGGCUAAGGUUAGGGAGCUAGCCUCACCAAGGUUUGGACAAGAAGUGGAUGAGAAGAAUGCCCUGACCAGGCGUUAUUCUUUGCCAUCAUCCGCUAAUGGCAAGUUGAGUUCGUCACCCCGUGUGCAGAGGCUGGUCCAAGCAAGUGGCAAAGAUGGAAUCAAAAUUGAUAGGUCUUUAUCAUCAUCUAGGGAUGGCAGUGAUAAGGUGAUCCGAGCAGAGUGGAAGAGGUGAAGCUACCUAAAGAGGUUUAACAUAGAUGUUCUCAUACGGAAGUGAAAGAAGAUAACUGACAGAGCAAUUCUUUAUUUUGUUCGUGAUCUCUAACUGCAACUCUAGAAAAGUAACUUAGUUAUAGAACCUGUGUGGCCAUCCAGUGUACUUGUGACUUGUGUCCAAUAAGUAUUUUCUUUGAGUUUAUGC